GGCCUUGAGGAUGGGGGGGGGGGUCCUUAGGGCUAAGGGUGGGCCUUAGCAAUAGGGGACCCUUUAUCAAUAGGGUCUGUGGCAGUAGGGUCCUUGGUAAGGGGAGGAGGGGGCUUCACAGUGGGGGGCUCCUUUGCAGCGGGUCCCUUAGCUAUUGGGGGGGUCCUCGGGGGGGCUCAGGGGGUCCCUCGGCUGUGGGAUGAGGAGGGGGCUGCCCUGAGGCACGGGGGGCACCCCCCAGAGCCGGGCCGGCCAUGACGGGGCCUUGUGGAAGGACAAGGGCAGGGAGCCCUUUGCUGUUUGUCUUGGCUGUGGUGCCAACAGAAAAAUGUGGGGAAAAGGGGAAAAACCCAGAGAAUUUGAACCCCCGAGGGAUCUCAUCUUCUAGCCCCGGGCUUCUGGGAUCGAACCUCACGCCGUGAUCCUGGCACAUCGGGGUUUUGAUGUCCAAGGCUUGGGGAGCAGAGGCUUUGCCCCCAUUCCUGCGCCCCAUCUUUCAUGAGACCGUGUGGAGUCCAAGCUCCCUGGCUCCGAUACUCUGGUAUCCAUAAGAGAAUCGGGGUCCUGCCGCGCUCCGCGCCAUUUAAAAUUUAAAAUUUCAAGUGACGAGCACCGCUUCUGAAUAUUCACCUCCCUCGAGGCCUUCCUCGCCUUUCGUUUUCUUCCCCUUGUGGGGAGCGCGGCCUGUGGGGAGCUCAGCGCCGGCCCCGCAGGGCUGACGUGGGCGAAAAGGAGAAACCCCCCCCCCCCACGAAACCUGCUGACCCUUGGCUCCUGCUAUCGACUGCCCUCACGGCUGCCAGAACUGUUCCGCAGGAGCUUAUCCCCUGCCGUACAGCGCAGUAAUAAAGCCAAAGUGAAGGCAGCGAGCGCCUCUUUGUUGGGAACCCUCGUAUCAAGAGGAAGCCCGUCCUCUGCGGUGCUUUCGGUUUCCCUUCGUGCCUUUUCCAUCAUCGGGAGCUGCAUUGUUCGUAGUCCUGCUCCUGCCUGCCCUCCUAAAGAAGAGAGGAGCCCUUGAAGAUUUCAACAAAUGCUUGCUGCCUCCCUCGGGGGAUGCGCGCGAGGCCUCCGUAGGGUCCCUCGGCAUCCUGCUGUUUCCGCAGCCGCCUGCGUUUGCUUCUUCAGCCACCAAACGCCCGUGGAUUCUGGUUUUAGCCCAUCAGCUCCUGCCAAAACUUCUCAGGCGCUGCGGGAUGGAGCCAGGAGGUCGCAGUGAAGCGAUUCAAAAAGAUACACUUUAUGGCUGGCGACUGCAGAGCUCUCGCGCGGAGCGCCGAAGGUUUGUCCUCCCUGACGCAGCCCUUGAGUCAAAAGCACAGCAGCCGGGACCUCAGCAGGGGCCUCCAGCCCAGCCAGCAGGGAAGGAGGCAUCGCAAAGCCCAAGGGCAGCAGAAAAGCAUCACGGAUUACUUCAAGAUCUCCCAGACACAGCAAGUACGUGGGGAAAAGAACGUAAGAGUGAAGGAAGAGCUGCUGGACCCUGUUUUCAUCGAAGCUGAUGAGUCUUUCAGCAGCGUCUCCGCUUUGCUGGAGGCCAGUGGUGGUUCAUCCUCCUUUCUGGAGGACGAGGACUUUGUACCCGCUCCCAGGAAAAGCUCCAGAAAACGGCCUCGGUCCUCUGCAGCUGCAGGCAGACCCAAGAGAGACCACGAUUUGUGGGGCGAGCCUGAGCAGAAGCCAGUGGUUCGUCCCAAACGUGCCCAAACCAAGCACGAACUCGAUGAUGUCGAAGUGGAACCGAUCCCUGAUGCACACUACGGGCUCCUGGGGACUCGCAGCUGGGAGGUGCCUCAGGGAAGCAUCGCAGAUCUCCCAGCUGAAGUCCUGAGGAACGUCUUCGCUUUCCUGCCAGUGACUGACCUGUUUCAGAGCGUGAGCCUGGUGUGUCACUGCUGGAGGGAUGUAGUCAGCGAUCCGCUGUUCAUUCCUUGGAAGAAGCUGUACCACCGGUACCUGAUGAAGGAGGACGUGGCCCUGUGCACAGUGGAACAGAUCUUGCAGGAUUUUGCCAUAACAAAGCAGCAUGAAGGGGCUGUCUUGGGGCUGAUCAGGUACGUCUCUGCCAUUCCCACCAACAGGAAGGUAGAUCCCGGCGUGGUUCUCCCACUCCUGAGGAGUCAUCACCUCUUCUCCAAGGCUGAGGUCUGCAUCGCCAACACGCUGCCCCACUUACAGAGCAGGACGGGGCCUGAGAACGUGUGGGCCGUAAUCACAGCUAUGGUGCUUUUCUCCGACGGCGUCCGCGAUAUCCAAAAGCUGAUAGCAUGUCUGCAGAGACCCUCCUCUGCCCUGUCCGUCGUGGACGUGACCGAGACCCUUUACUGCAUAGCCACGCUGCUGUAUGCGAUGAGAGAGAAGAGCAUUGCCAUCACUAACAGGAUCCAUUACAAUGUUUUCUACUGCUUGUAUCUGAUGGAAAAUGCUUCAGUAACUAUGCCACAGAUGAUACAAGAGGAAACACAGUCUUCACAGUGCAGACAGGACUUCUGGUCCAGUUGUUUGUCCGAAGUGAAACUGACUCACGAACAGCAAAGGAUUUUGAAUCACAAAAUUGAGCGUGGUCAAGUGGUGAAAAUUAUGGCAUUUGCAGGUACAGGAAAGACCUCGACUUUGGCCAAGUACGCGGAGAAGUUUGCCGACCUCAAAUUCCUUUACGUGUCAUUCAGCAAAGCUGUUGUGGAGAGGGGAAAAUCUGUCUUCCCCAGAAACGUUACGUGCAGGACUUUCCAUUCAUUAGCAUUUGGAAGCGUUGGCAAAUACUAUAAAGAAAAAGGCAAGCUGAACGUGUCUAAGCUGACAGCUUAUACCAUGAGCUUCCUCAUCCGGAACCGUGCUGGACAGUCUCAGGUCAUAAGAGGAAAAACAGUCCUGCAGACCCUCGAAAACUUCUUUUCCUCUUCAGAUGAAGAGAUCUGUGAAGAGCACACUCCUAUUUGGUUCAUAAACACCCACGGAGAGAAAAAACUUGUCAGCCAAGAAGAAAAGAAAAUCAAUGUGGAAGAAGCAAAAGAGAUAUGGCACAACAUGAAGGACCUGAACGGAGAUGUAGAGAAGAAAUACAAGAUAACUUGUGAUGGAUAUUUGAAACUCUGGCAGCUCAGUAAGCCUCAGCUUUCAGGAUAUGAUGCCGUUUUUGUCGAUGAAGCACAGGACUGCACCCCAGCCAUCGUGGAUAUUGUGCUCUCACAGACAUGCGGCAUAAUCCUCGUGGGAGACCCCCACCAGCAGAUCUAUAGCUUCCGAGGUGCCGUCAAUACCCUCUACACGGUGCCUCACACCCACAUCUACUACCUGACCCAGAGUUUCAGAUUUGGUCCUGAAAUAGCUUACGUUGGAGCAACCAUUCUGGAUGUCUGCAAGAGCGUCAGGAAUAAGACGUUAGUGGGUGGAAACCAAGAGGGUGAUGUGAGAGGCAGCAUGAAAGGGAAGAUAACAAUCCUAUCACGAAGCAAUUUUAAUGUGUUCGAGGACGCUGUGAGGCUUACUGGGAGACAGGGGCAGAUUAAAAUACGCGUGAUUGGGGGGCUUGCCUGUUUUGGCCUGAGCAGGAUUUAUGAUAUUUGGAAGCUCAGCCAACCCGCGGAUGAGCGGAAGGAAGCAAACCUUGUCAUAAAUGACCCCUUUAUCAGAAGAUGGGAAGAAACCGAUGGCUUCAUCGGUUUGAGGGACUACGCAACGCGCAUCGAUGACAAGGAGCUGCAAGUGAAGAUUGCAAUAGUGGAGAAAUACAAGGAGCGGAUGCCUGAGCUGGUGCGGAAGAUUGAGAGCAGCCAUGUGUCACGAGAAGCUCUGGCAGAUUACAUAAUAGGCACCGUCCACCAAGCCAAAGGCCUGGAGUUUGAUACGGUGCUGGUUGCAGACGACUUUGUCAGCAUGCUAUCCGCCGUUCGCCAUGACAGAAUACCGAACUCCCUUAUCGGCAUGUAUCCUGAGGAUGAAUGGAACCUACUCUACGUGGCGGUGACACGUGCAAAGAAAUGUUUGUUAAUGUCAAAGACCCUGAAGAUUAUUUUGGCGUUGGCUGGGGAGCAUUUCCUUCGAGUGGAGCUGUUGAGCAAGGCUGUGAAGGAUGGGGCCAAAGUCACUUGUUCUGUGCCACAGUGUGCGCAGUCCCUGCAGUCCAGGCUGGUUGUGAAGAAGCUGCCUGUGACUUACAGCAAUGGCAGCACGGAUGCAGAUGGGUACCUUUGCUACUCGUGUGCGCAGAAGUGUUUUGGAACCAUGACAUCUCUGGCCUUCUUCCCAGCACUUCAGGAAUAACACAUCCUGAUGUAACAAAGCCUUCCAGCUCCGAGAGCCCUUGCUUCACCCUGGAGCCGUUCUGGGUGCAGGACAAGGCCGGUUUUCACAUCCACGCUCCUUAUCAGGUGGAUAUUGGGGGCAGGAUUUUGGACCAGCUCCAGGAGGAACCUUCCAGGUUCUCUGCAAGGAGGUGCAAGACUUUUUCUCAAGCCCUGCCUUGUCCUCCAGGAGCUGGUCAGCAUGGCCUGCAUCUUUGCACAGAAGAAUAUUCACAAUGUAAACUCUGUGGGACAGGACUGCUUUUUUUUUUUGAGCAUUACCAUCCAUUCCUCUGUCACCAGGAAAAUACUUCCAGUGACAAAGCUGCUGGGAUUUUCCUGACUCUUCCAUCACAUCAUGCCUUGGGAAAAUCCUUCUCACCCAACAGAGGAGGAAUGUGAUGCCAAAAAGUACCCAGCGAAACCAUUUAUUCCUAGAAAAUGAACCUUUUCCUGGAGCCUGCUUUAAUGGCAACGUUUCACUCUCAGCUCUGGAUCAGUGGGAAAGAAGGAAAUCAGUCAUAACUGCUCCCAGCUGAAUUAAAGGAAUUUUCCUUACUUGCAGCCAAGAGGUUUCCCCAGACUUCAUGUCUUUUCUCCCUGCAGCAAAGCCUAAGGGGAGGAGAGGCAGCAUCUGAAGAACUGCUUUGGUUUGAUUCCAGUCUAACACAGAUGAUCAGAGAGAAGUUGGAGAGCAUUUUUAAUGCUGAGAUAAAAUUUGUAACAACAGCAACGAAAGCCUUAAUGCUUUUUCUCUUCAGUUAAAAAGUCAUCCUGAGUUGUAUUUCUUUACCAGCCAUCACAGUAGCAAUGGUACCAGCAGCACGGUGGCCUUGUCAACCAGAGGGUGGCUUAUGCUGUCCGUGUGAAGACAGAAUCAGAGAAGCAUAAAUAUCCGAGUUGGAAGGGACCCACAAGGAUCAUCGAGUCCAACUCCUAGGUCCCCAAAGGACCACAUAAAAAUCAGACCCUGUGUCAGAGAGCGGUGUCCAAACGCUUCUUGAACUCUGUCAGGCUCGGUGCCGUGACCACAUCCCUGGGCAGCCUGUCCCAGUGCCCAACCACCUCUGGGUGCAGAACCUUUCCCUAACCCCCAGCCUGACCCUCCCCUGUCCCAGCUCCAUGCUGUUCCCUCGGGUCCUGUCGCUGUCCCCAGAGAGCAGAGCUCAGCGCCUGCCCCUCCACUCCCCUCGUGAGGGAGCUGCAGGCCGCCAUGAGGCCUCCCCUCGGCCUGCUCUGCUCUGGGCUGAACAAACCAAGGGCCCUCAGCCAUUCCUCACACGUCUUCUCCUCUAGACCCUUCCCCAUCUUUGUAGCCCUCCUUUGGACACUCUCUAAUAGUUUUAUGUCUUUCUUAUACUGUGACGCCCCAAACUUCACACAGUGCCUGAGGUGAGGCCGCACCAGCAUGGAGCAGAGCGGGCCGAUGACGGUGCCCUGGCUGCUACCAGAGCCCCGUGCCACGAAGAGAUCAAAACCGAAACCGAUGCAGGCAGAGACCUCCUGGACAUCAGCCUGGAGCCAUGAGCCGUGCCUGGCUGGGAAAGCUCCCGCAUCCUGUUGACUUCCACAGUUAAUCACUGAAUGGCAGCUGCUUCGCUGGCUCUUUUUGCUUUCCAAGCGCCAGCUCCAGAAAGGCUUCCGUCUUCCCGCUCACCUAAACGUGGGCAGAACGAUGCUUGGAAGCUAAAUGGAACUGCAGACGCCGGACCAGGGACCUCCUGCGCUCCCUUUGAGCCUCAUCUAUUUUCUGCCCACCCCGUGGCAUUGGGGAGGAGAAGGGGAGUGAAGUGCCAUGAUGGGAGGCCUUGCUUGGCCAUGAGUCCCUACAGCAGAGCGCACAAACAUGAGGAAAGGAGACAGAAGGGAGGAAAGGACAGGAGUUGUGAGACACCUCCUGCUUUCCAGCUGCCUGCUGAAGCCCCUUUCGCCUUCCAGUGGAGCCAAACGGGUCGUGGCAGCCGCCACUUUGCCUCCAGAGGAUGGCAGUGCCCAUUUGGGGCAGUCACAGGGCCGUGGCAGGGCUGGCCAGCAAGCCCUGGCUGCUGCAGUGGGGGAUUUCACCCCAAACCUGCUCCCUCUCCCCAUCAUCGUGGAGGCUGAGACACCCAACUAAAGCAUCGGCCACUCUGCGUGCGUUAUUUUAUAUACAAUAUAUACACAUUUUAAUA